CCUAACCGCGGGGUUAGCCGAGAACCCUAGCUCGAGCGAGGAUGGGCCGGGGAUGCGCGAUCGCGCUGGCGCUGGUGCUGUUCUUCCUGGCCAUCGCCAUCGGCGAGGACGAUCGCGUCUCGGAUCUACUGCGGCGCCAGGCAGGUUCGAAAGAUGGGAUUAUCGAGCUGGACGAUACCGGGAUCCGGCAUUUGGCCGCGUCGGCCAAUCGGCCCUACGCGCUGCUCGUCUUCUUCGACGCGCACCACCUCCGCGAGCGAUCGGGCCUGAAGCUGGACGAGCUGCGGGGCGAAUUCUCCCUCCUGGCCAGAUCCUACAUCAAGAACAACGCGGGCGGCAGCGGCGAGUCCAAGAUCUUCUUCUGCGCGCUGGAAUUCCAGCGCGCGCAGGCCAGCUUCGCGAUGUUUGGCGUGAAUGCGCUGCCGCACGCGCGCUUCCUCGCGCCGGGCUCGGGGCCGCUCAACGCGUCCGAGUCCAUGAUGGAGCUCAACGACAUGGUGAGAUCCGCGGAGGGGAUGGCUGCCUACGUGGAGAGCAAGAUCAGGCACAAGGUUGGGGCGAUCGAUCGGCCGCCGCUGGUGUCGAGGAACCAGCUCCUGCUCGUCGCCGCCGCGGCCAUCGUCGCCGCUCCAUACGUGCUCAAGAAGCUCCUCAUCGAAGGCAAGGACACACCAUUCCACAACUCCAAGCUCUGGUGCGUGGGAGCGCUCCUCGUCUACUUCUUCAGCGUCGCCGGGGGCAUGCACAACAUCAUCCGGAAGAUGCCGCUCUUCAUGCCCGACCGGAACGAUCCCUCCAAGAUCGUCGCGUUCUACCAGGGAUCUGGGAUGCAGCUGGGGGCCGAGGGGUUCGCGGUGGGAUUUCUCUACACGGUCGUGGGGCUGGUGGUGGCGUUCAUCACUCAUGUUCUCGUGAGGAUCAAGAACAAGACAACGCACAGGGCGAUCUUGCUGGUCGGGAUGGGAGUUUGCUUCCUGGCGGUGAGAUGGGUGGUGGCGCUGGAUCACUGGAAGACUGGGUAUGAGAUCCACGGUUAUCUCCCGCGGGGCUGGCUCUAGAUGGAAGAACAAGAGGAAGAAAACUCUCGAGGAGGAAGAGGAUCUUCACUCGCUACUUUCAGAAACUUAUUAACGAUUUUUCGACACUAAGAAAGCUCUGGUUCACCUAAA